AUGGCAAACCAAUCUUCUUCCUCCGAGGGCCAAGAAACCUCAUACGUGAACAUGACCGAGGUCGACCGCUCCCGAUACGCCGACGCGACCCUCGUCGGCAAACACUGCGAAGCAGAAUACUGCAACCAACUCGACUUCCUCCCCUUCUAUUGCCAGUCAUGCGAGAAGACCUUCUGCCUCGAUCACCGAACAGAGACCGCCCAUAAGUGCGCAAAGGAGGGCGCCUGGGCAGAGCGCAAGCGGCUGGCACAGCUGGCACGGCCGAGCGCGGGCGACGGUAAACAACUACGGGACCACGUAUCACAGAAGCCAUGCGCGUCACCCGACUGCAAGACGACCGUCGGCACGAGCCUGGUCCCGGGUGUGCACUGCCAGGGAUGUAACCGGGAUUACUGCCUCAAGCACCGGCUGAAGGAGGAGCACGACUGCGACAACCUCGUUCCCCUCGGCGCUCGGCCAGGUUCACAGGCGGCGGAAAAGGCACGCUCGGCGCUGCAGAAGCUGAGGCUGUGGGGCGCGGCAAAGAAGGAGGCGGCCGGGCGGGCGCUUCCUAAGGCGAAGCCCACGUCUGCGUCGCAGCGCAUCGUUGCCGUCAACAACCUGAAGAAAACCGCGAAGGGCGACGAAAAGCUGGCGCCAGAGAAGAGAGUGUACCUUUUUGUGGAGGCCGAGGCCGCGACGACGACAGCGAAGAUAACCAAAGGGCAAUUCUUCUACUCCAAAGACUGGGUAGUAGGCAGGGUGUUGGACGCCGCGGCGCGGGCAUUGCAGGUCGAGAACGUCAACAACCAGUCCAGCAACGAACAGGACAAGCUUAGGGUGUUCCAUGUCGAGGGUGGACGAGUACUGGAAUUCAACGAGAAGGUGGGGGCCGCACUCGUCUCGGGCAACACAAUCGUGCUCCUCCGCGGUGUUGGACCGGCGCCAGAUUUGAUUGAGAUGUAA